AGCGCUGCCCUCCCCCCGAUGAGCCAGACACACACACCGCCGGUGACUCGUCACUCCGCGCUGGAAGAUGGCUGCGGCGGACCGGCCCCCUGUUAGGGAAGGGAUCCGGAUAGUUUUUCUGUGUGUGGGCUGGUACACGGUCAGCUCGGGGGGAAACAUCGUCAACAAAAUCAUCCUCAAUGGAUUCCCGUACCCGGUCACAGUCUCUCUGUUUCAUAUCAUCUCUAUCGUCGUCUUCCUCCCGCCGUUGCUGCGGGCAUGGGGAGUCCCCAAAACAGAACUGCCGAGCAGGUACUACCGGUGGUACAUUCUGCCUUUAGCUUUCGGAAAAUACUUUGCAUCUGUGUCGGCGCACUUCAGCAUAUGGAAAGUACCUGUUUCAUAUGCGCACACCGUCAAAGCUACAAUGCCAAUAUGGGUUGUGCUGUUAUCAAGAAUUAUCAUGAGGGAGAAGCAAACCACAAAGGUGUACAUAUCGCUCAUCCCCAUCAUUGGAGGAGUGCUGCUGGCCACGGUGACUGAGCUGUCCUUUGAUGUUUCAGGACUAAUCAGCGCUCUGGCUGCGACGCUCUGCUUCUCUCUGCAGAACAUCUUCUCCAAAAAGGUAUUGCGCGACACAAGGGUCCACCACCUGAGGCUCCUCAACAUCCUGGGCUUUAAUGCUGUUAUCUUCAUGCUGCCCACCUGGGUUCUGGUUGAUCUGUCUGUUUUUCUUGUCAAUGGAGAUCUGUCGGACAUCUCAGGAUGGACGAGCACCCUCAUCCUCUUGCUCAUCAGCGGCUUCUGCAACUUCGCACAGAACGUCAUUGCCUUCAGCGUGCUGAACCUCGUCAGCCCGCUCAGCUAUGCCGUUGCCAAUGCCACCAAGAGGAUCAUGGUCAUUAGCAUCUCGUUGCUAAUGCUGCGCAACCCAGUCACCCUUACAAAUGUCCUGGGUAUGAUGACGGCCAUAGUUGGCGUCUUCCUCUACAACAAGGCCAAGUAUGACGCUAACAAGGAGAAGAAGCUGCUGCCAAGCACCAAGCAGGACCUGAUGUCCUUUGACAACCCGGCGCUGGAGAAGAUCCAGGCCAAUGGGUCAGUGCCUUUCUCCCACGGCUCAGAGCAGCAGCACAACUGGAACAACGUGCUGACCGACCACUUCCAGUACAGCCGGCAGGCCUACACGACGAACUACAACAGCAACCACCAGUACGUGGUGUAAAGGAGGAGUCUGUCUCCACUCUGGGUGGCUGUCAUAGACAUUAACUGUGUGUAGCCACCACCCCCACCCCCCCCCAGCAGCAGGACACAGCCCUGCUCCAAACACGAGACUGAAGGCAAGUGCUGUUUGUUCUGGAUAGGAAGAAUGAGAUGGCCAGUGACGUGACCUCUCCCACGCUCCCCCCUGUCUGAACUUCACUUUCUGACGGCUUCGCUGUAUCUCAUUUAUUUAUUUGUUUGGUACCGACUGUAUGGGAUGGUCUGAGAGGAAACGUAAAUCAGCUGUUGUCAGAAAUUUUGGUGACGGAUUCAGCCAUGUUGUCCAGACACAGAAAUGUGCACAGCAGGUGGAUAUGUAAAAGGUAGUUCAUGAAUGAUUGCACCUUACUAUCUGGAAAUGUCUGGGUUUUUUUUUUUUUUUUUUACACAACCAGCCAUAAUUUGUUUUGGAUUAUAUUUGUUCACUUUCAUCAGAAAGAAUGUCAGCUGUAAUUAUUUAAUAUGAACGCUAACUUGCGCUGAAACAGCAGUCAUCUUACAUUUUGUAACAAACGCAUCUCAGUGGAAGGCCUUAAAGGUAUACUAUGCAGGAUUAUCCUACAAAACAAGACUCGUACAGAAGUAAUCCCUCUCAGUCCUCACUUAUGACCCAGUAGAGAGACUCCGACCUCUGCAUGUAUUUGUUUGGACUUUAAUAAAAAGGAAGCUGCGAAAAUCCUGGACACAGCGCCUAAAAAAAAAAAACAAAUAGAUCGAGACGAAACAUCAAGCGGACAAAGCUUGCUCCCAAAUAAGAGUGAAUCUGGGGCUGGCUUCCACUUCCCUGGCAGUGUUUCCAAACAUUAACAGACAUUUCCUGCACAGUAUACCUUUAACAUUUUGGUUUUAGGCAGAUCAUAUUUAGGAAUGACAUUUUUCUUCAUGAGGCACCUGUAAUGAUGUGAGGAGAAACAAUCUGAAUUGUUUUCUUCAGUGAAUUAAAACGCAUUCCACUUUACAAAAGCUGAAGGCGGAUGAGACUUUGGGAAGUUUGGUGGUCUCACGGCUUUUCAUUUUACCUUUUAUAUUGAUUGUCAUGAAAUUUGGAUCAUUCAUUUCCCCUUGAGGAUAAACUAUAAUCAGAUUUGACGUUAUCUGACGUUAUAUCCAGCGCCAUCCUUAGGUCAGAAUUUCCAUUUGUCCACUAUCUUGGUUGAUAACUAAAUUCCUGCAGAUCUAAUUCCCAUCAGCCUUAGCUUUACUUGUGUUUGGUGCUUUUUUUAGUGCUAUAGUGUUAGCAUACUAGCUAUACCAACACAGUGGUGAUCGUCAGCAUGUUAGCAUGGUAACAGUGUUCUGACUGCACUCACGAACAAUGUGACUCAGAAUUACAAGUGCCUGAUGAAGAAAAUGCCCUCAUUUCAAAAUAAAGUUUUAAAAAAAGUCAGUUCAUUGUGUCUGCAACAAAGUGAUGCUUGUAAACUUGUUGGACACACAGGUCAGUAAAAUUCAGUCACACUUGUUGUCAGCAAGUGUUUGAACUGCCACUAUCAUAGGCCGUUUCAACACAAACACACACACACACAGCCUGUUUGUCUUUGAACUAAGGUAAACUUUCAGAGUGAGACUAGUUCUGUCACACAGAACAGUCAGUGACCUCCGUCAGAUCUGUCCUUUCCCCUAAGAUAACAAAUAAGUUUGUUUAUCAUGGAGCGUAAACGUAAAAAGUAAAAAUUAGAUUUACCAAAACAAGGCAUCCUGUCAGUAUACGUACUGUAAGGAUGCCCAUGUUUCAUUGUUCUUAGGGAGUCUAACCAUGCUAAAUGUAAUAGAGAUGCUAAAAUUAUUUUGCUGUCAUAGUUUGAAGUUAAAGAAUCGAUUUAAAACGAUCCCUAGUUUUUUCUCAAUUGAUGAUGUUUGUAUUUAUUGAUCUGCAAAGCUUCUCAAGCAGAGAGAGAUCUUCUCUCCUGUCAGGCGUUUUUUUUCAGCCUGAUCCAAAGCUGCUCUGUCAUGUCUCUGUUUUUCAAACAGAGGCGCGGUUCGAGUUUGCACAUCAUGAAACAGCUAUAUGUGUCAUGCAGAUUGUGACUGUCUGUCAGGUGACUUUAAAGUCCCGGUGUUUUAAUGUAAAGCGUUUCUGCAGCAUUGCUGUCAGACGGUCACUGGACAGAUUCAAAAUGAGACAUGCAUGAAAUCACAGGUUUGGUUUGUGCAUUUAAAGAUUCAACUGUAACUUUAGCGGGGGAGAGGUUUGAUUGGCAUUAUUGAUUACACUGUCUGCAACUAAUCAUUUAUUAAUGAAAAGCCUUUUUCUACUGCUUGAAGAACGAUUUGAUUUAGUAAAGAUCAGUCACUUGCUUUUCUCACUGCAGCAAUAUAAAGUUUUUAUGUUCUUUUUGUUUUUUAGCGACGCAAAUGUCUCCGCAUCUGAAAUCAACGUUGUCUUUCUGCUCAUAUAUUUUGUUGGAACAACGCACGUUCAUUGAAUUUUUGUAAAAGUGCCAGUUGUAGCCUGUGAGCUUGUUUUUUCAGCUGUAGUCCCCGGUAGAUGUGGAUAAGGGGAUAAUGUGGUUAUAUUCUUAUAAUAUGGCUUUUUUUAGUGUGCCGUGUUUGUCGUCUUUGACAAAUUUAAAACACUGUCACAGUAUUUAGUCUGGAGGAAAACCCCCAAAGAGCUCUGUGGGGUUGGUGUGCUCCGGGCUUCCCAGACAAACUGAUAUCAAUAAUUGUCCUAUUUUUAUUUAUAGAGAGAACUAGCUCUUCGCGCUGAGAUAGAUUGUAGCCAACAUAGUUUGUAGGAUCUUGGGAACAUGCAGCUGCUCUGUUUUUCUCCAACGGGGAGAGAAAUCACCUCCGCCUGUUUUACAGUAAUUGACUAGAAAACACCUGAUAUCAUGAAGUGGAUUUCAACAGCCUGGGAAUUAUUACUACCUUAUAAAGAUGAUUUUUUUUUUUUUUUUAUUUUAUUUUAUUUUAUUUUUUUUACUGCUGCUGUAGUUGUAUGUGUGUUUACUGCUGUACACUUUGAGGCUGUAAUUUGUGGUGUCGGACUGCGUUAGAUUAAGAAAUAUAAGCAUAAAUAUCAGAAACUUGUUAAAAUGUAACAAAGGGCACAAUGAUGCCACAAACUGCCGCCUCAAAAGGAUAAAGGAAUCAAAACCCUCUAAAUGUCAGCAUUGAUUAAAAUUAUACAUUUCAUAAAGUUAGCUUUUAUGUUUUGUUUUCAGUCAACCUCAAAACUUCACCG